GCAGGCGGGCGGCGGGCCGCUCCAGUCGGUCUGUGUGCAGCCCGCUGCCCUGACGUCUGACAAGUGGUUUUCCUCACCGUCCUCCCCCCGCCCGCAGUCAGAGCAGUGACCGCCUCUUAAUCACAAGGGGAAUGACGUUGCUUGGCUUCGGGGUCCCCUGCAGCACGAUCCCCACCUCCUCCCGCCUUCCGCAGCCCUGGGGACUGGCUGGAGUCCCAGGAGGGAGAGGCCCCCGGGGUCUGUGGGGUAGUGGAAGGCGGGACGCGGGGAAGACUUGUGAGGCCCAGGCGCCCCCACCCCUGCGCUGCCGGGUCUGUUCUUGCUGCUGUAUUUACGUCCUCUUCUGCAUCACAGGUACAUUCCAUGUGUACUGCUUCCAAAUUAGUCGGUAUGUGGCCCUCUGUCCACACUGUAAAAAUGUAAUUUACGGUAGCCACGCUCUCUUAAACCCUCUCCAGACCUGGGCAGCCCUGGCCUUGGCGCUGUCCUUACUGGCCUUGCCACGUGGAGGCUGGGGACCAGCCUCUGACGGUUGGCCCUGCCUUCAUUCAACAACAUGUCCUGAGUGACCACCUCAUGCCGGGUCCCAGAGUGAGUACUGAGGGCACAGCAGGGACGGGACAGACGGAGUCCCUCCCCUGCGCCACGAGCAGGACAGUUACCACGCACCCAGGUCAGCUGGUGACAUGGCUGGGGAGGAAGAGCUGGGGGUGAGUGCUUGUGAACAAGUCACCCAGGAGGGCCUGGCCCAGGUGGCUCGAGGGGCGGAGGUGUGAGCACCAGGCCAGGGAAGGGCUUCCCAGCGCACGGUCCCAGGACAGAGGGGCUCUGUUGCGUCUGAGGGACAGCACUGGGGCCGGGGGGCCGGGAUCCAGGCAGGGACCCUGUCUUCCACUUGGUCUGAGGUUCAUCUUAUUUAUUUAUUUUUUAAGAUUUAUUUAUGAUUUAUUUAUUUAAUUUAUUUUUGGCUGCAUCAAGUCUCAAUUGAGGCAUGCGGGAUCUUUCCUUGUGGCGCGCGGGCUUCUCUCUAGUUGUGGCGCGUGGGUUUUCUCUCCUGUAGUUGUGGCGUGGGCUCUGUAGUUUGUGGCAUGUGGGCUUAGUUGCUCCGCGGCAUGUGGGAUCUUAGCUCCCUGACCAGGGAUCGAACCCACGUCCCCUGCAUUGUAAGGCGGAUUCUUUACCCCUGGACCACUGGGGAAGUCCCCAUUUUAUUUUUUUUAUAGUUUUUUUUGUGUUUAAAUUUAUCUGGCUCCACCAGGUCUUAAUUGCAGCACUUGGGAUCUUUAGCUGCAGCAUGUGGACUCUUAGUUGCGGCAUGCAGGAUCUAGUUCCCUGACGAGGGAUUGAACCCGGGUCCCCUGCAUUGGGAGCAUGGAGUCUUAGCCACCGGACCACCAGGGAAGUCCCUGAGGUUCAUUUUAGGGACCACGCUGGCUGCCAUGCCCAGGACGGCUGGGCUGGGGCUGUCACAAUCACCCUGGUGUGAAGCGAUGGCAGCUUUGACUGGGGUGGCAGUAGAGGGGGUGAAAAGCCAUGAGAGUCUGAGCAUUUCUGAAGGCGGAGCCGGUGGAAUUUGUGCCGUGGGCCUGAGAAGAGAGACAGGAUAGAUAAUCCGAGGUUCGGGGCAGCUGCAUCCCGAGGCCCAGCAGGCCGGGUUGGAGGUUCAGCUAAGGUUCAAGCCCUUCCCAGGCGGCGCUGGCGGGAGGGGUGGAGGGCUUGGCCGCCCUAGGGGCAGCAGGUUGGGAGCCCUCUGGGAGGGGAGCUGCAGACGACCAGCUCGGUCCUGGCAGGAGACAGGAUGUGUUGAGGAGAAGGCAUUUUAACCCCGCAGCCCCUGGCCUCCUUCCUGCCCACCCCGCCCCCGGCCUGUCCACGUUUAUUGAGCCCACGGGUGGGGCGUGGCCUCUGGAGGCCGAGGCGGGUGCUGGACGGGUGGCCGAGGCCGUGGGUGCAGAGGGGAGGAAGUGGGAAGUGCGAGGGGGUGGGAUGGGCAUCUGGACCAGAGGCCGGAAGGGGGCUCAGGCCGCGGGCACUCUAGCUCCCUUUGCCCAUGUCGCCCGCCCCUCCGUCUGCCACACCGAGCUCCUCCCUCACCCACGGGCCUUCCUGACGUCUCUCUGGCCCCGCUGGUCUUUUGGUUCCGUGAACCUCCCACUCUCAUGCCCAGCUUGCGGGUCCCCAGGAAGCGUGGAACAUGCACACGUGUUGGAACGGAGCAUCCUCGUCCCAUGGGGGCUGGAGCGCAGCCCCUCCCCCUGCCUUGUCGAGGGAGGGUCCUGGCCCUGCUGUCGGCCUCUUCCUGAAUGAGGGGAAGCCUGCCCUCUCCCUGUCCCAACGCCCCGCGGAUAAGCCCCCAUUGUGUGAUCCCCUCACAGCCCGUAUUGUACUUGGGCUCGCCACAGCUCAAACUCGUGUGUUCUGAUGUGUGUGGGAGGGAGUGUCUGUCUCGCCCCCAAAGCCCUGGGCCCCGAGCUCCCUAAGGCAGACAUCUGUCUUCCUUACGGCCACAUCUCCACCACCUGGACACAUUCGUGAGGUAAGAGAGUAAGUGGAUAAAGUCCCUGGGGACUCAGGGCCUGAGGACGAAGGGGGUCGUGACCCAGGGCGACAUGGGCUCCACGAGGGAGACCAGUGCCAGGCGCCUGGGGAGGGGCAUCCAGGUGGGGUCCAGCAGCCGCCCAGGGGUCAGCGGGCAAGGUGGGUGGAUGGCAGGGCAGGAGAGAGGGACCAGGGGCCUGGGUGACCCUGGGUGGGUUCCCCUCCCGUCUCGGUCCGCUCGGGUAUAAAGUGGGCCCCAGCAGUGGCCGCUUGUGGCUUCACUGCCCCGCCCUGUGCUCGGCCCAUGCGAAGCCCCGGCCCACACCAGCUCAGGCAGCACCCUCCAGCCCGACAGGGCAGGGCCAGACCAUUUUAAUGAUGAGGGGCUCAGGCUCUAGCAUGGGAGCUCUGUCUGUGCUUCCUUUAUUUAUUCGGAGCUCACCUCUGGGAGACGGUCCUGCUGGGCACCGAUUUGGUGAGCUGUCCUGCAGGCCCCUCCCUGGGCUUACCCUAACACCCAGGCUGAGGUCACCUCCAGCCUGGGGCCUUGUGUGGCUGUCCCUCAUGCCCUUGACCCUUGGUCACUAGGCAGGAGUGCCCUGGCUAGAUGACCUCCCCGGGAUGUUUUAGACCCUGUUUACCAGGCCUCCCCCAGACCCGCCAAGUUAGAUGCAGCAGGCCUGUGGAUUUAGUAAAUGCCCUUCAGGCAAUUCUGACAUGUGGCUCUGGUGAGGAUCCCCUGACCUGGUCGUUUCCAUGACCAUCUUGGACCGUCCCCAGCUCAUGGACUCUUUGUGCCCCAGCCUCUAAACUGGAGUAGCCCCGGAUAAAUGCAGUGGAGCAAGGGAACAGCUGGGAGGGGGCGGCCAGGAGGAGAGGAGGUGUCCAGGGUGGGCGGGGCGGGGCAUCGCCCCCCUGCGGGGUAAGUGGGAAGCAGCUCAGAGGUGGCAGUUCUGGAGCCGAAGGACAAGGUGGGCUCAGGAUGACCAGAGAGAAGGUCUCUUCUGGGUCUGGGGUCCAGCUCCCGCAGCCCCGACCUCUCCCCCUGCUCGGGGCCCUUUCCUGCUCUGCUGGGCUCCAGCACCCCACUCCCCUCUCCCAGUUUCCUGCUCUGCGUCUGAUGGGCUGCUGUGCGGUUCCUCUGACAGGACUUUGACUGACAGGACUUUGAUUCUGUCUCCGAGGCUGCUUCCCCGGGGAGAGAGAGAAGUACUUGCUUUGGUGUCCCCAGUGCCUCUCAAGCAGCACUUCCCCAUGGAUUUUCGGUGGAUUUUCACUUUCUCUCUAACCCGGGAGCCGCCGCCUCUCUGAUUUCCCGCCACCGCGUGCCCCCCCAACCCAGGAGCUCCAUGAGUCACAAGUGAGCAGAGCCCUGGGAGGCUCUUCCCAUGUAGUGCCCCGUGGAAGUUCAAGAGGAGGGAUGAGAGCGUGCCCGGCGGGGCCUUUGAGACAGGAAAUCAGUCCCUGCUCCUGGCCGGCGGCUGCUGACCUUCAUCAGCCCCAGGCCACCAAGUCCUCAAAGCUGAGAGCCUGUCGAGCCCCAUGUUUGCAGAAAUCAGCACCCCUGUUUGGGAACUGCAGCCACACUGCAAACACACCUGGCAGGGACCCCUCCCCAGGGAGCCGAGAAGUUCCACGGGGAAGCCAUGCUUCAGGCCAAAGGAUGCCAUUCGAGCCCUGAAGAAGCGGCUCAACGGGAACCGGAACUACCGAGAGGUGAUGCUGGCGCUGACGGUGCUGGAGACGUGCGUGAAGAACUGUGGCCACCGCUUCCACGUCCUCGUGGCCAACCGGGAUUUCAUCGACGGCGUCCUGGUCAAAAUCAUCUCUCCCAAGAGCAACCCCCCAACCAUCGUGCAGGACAAGGUGCUGGCUCUCAUCCAGGCGUGGGCCGACGCCUUCCGGAGCAGCCCUGACCUCACGGGCGUCGUGCACGCUUACGAAGAGCUGAAGAGGAAGGGCAUGGAGUUCCCCAUGGCCGACCUGGACGCGCUGUCCCCCAUACACACACCCCAGCGGAGCGUCCCGGAGGUGGACCCAGCCACCAGCAUGCCCAAGUCCCAGUCGCAGCUGCAGCCGAGGACGAGCAGCGGCUCCUCCUUGGUGCCGCAGGCCCCGGCUCUGAGCGCUGCGGGCCCCAUCACGGCCAAUUCAGAGCAGAUCGCCAGGCUGCGGAGCGAACUGGACGUCGUUCGGGGAAACACAAAGGUCAUGUCCGAGAUGCUAACGGAGAUGGUUCCCGGGCAGGAGGACUCGUCCGAUCUGGAGCUGCUGCAGGAGCUGCACAGGACCUGCCGCGCCAUGCAGCAGCGCGUCGUGGAGCUCAUCUCCCGCGUGUGCAACGAGGAGGUCACCGAGGAGCUGCUGCACGUCAACGAUGACCUCAACAACGUCUUCCUCCGAUACGAGAGGUUUGAACGAUACAGGUCAGGCCGAUACGUUCAAAAUGCCAGUAAUGGAGUGCUGAGCGAAGUGACAGAGGACAACCUCAUCGACCUGGGCCCGGGGUCUCCAGCCGUGGUGAGCCCGACCGUGGGGGGCACGGUGCCCCCGUCUUCCCUCUCCUCCCAGCUUGCGGGCUUGGACCUGGGCGCGGAGAGCGUCAGUGGCACCCUGAGCUCGCUCCAGCAGUGUCAUCCCCGGGACGGCUUUGACAUGUUCGCCCAGACCAGAGGGAGCUCCUCGGCUGAGCAGCGCAAGACGGCCACCUACGAGGACCCCCAGGCCGUCGGAGUAAUUGCUUCUGCGGUAGACGGUCGGAAACAGAACCCCGAAGUGAAGAGAGGUAAAGGUGGGGACUCUGACCUGGAGCCCAUAGACAGCUGGCUCAUAGCCCAAGGAAUGAUCCCCGUGGUGCAGCCGUCUGUCAUGGACGACAUUGAGGUGUGGCUCAGGACCGACCUGAAGGGCGACGACCUGGAGGAGGGCGUCACGAGCGAAGAGUUCGAUAAAUUCCUUGAAGAAAGGGCCAAAGCUGCCGAAAUGGUUCCCAACCUCCCCUCUCCCCCAGCGGAGGCUCCGGCCCCGGCCUCAAAUCCCUCCAGCCGGAAGAAGCCGGAGCAGUCGGAGGACGCCCUCUUUGCCCUCAGGAAGGGGUGUUCUUAUUUUACAGAGACUCAGAAAGGUGAAGUAAAUGGUUCCAGGUCACACAGCAAGUGGGCAAAAAUCCGGACCUGCUUCCUGACUCUGAGAAGGUGGUCUUCAGUCUUCACUUAGCACCCCCUUCUCUCC